AUGUCUCUCAAACUACCACUUAAAAUUCAGACUUGUAAUGUAGUUUCACAAAACUUUGAAGAGUGUCAUUGUUUGCUCUGCCAACGGGGAUUCCUCAAAUUUGAGAAAAAACCAACUUGGAACACUAUUCUCAAAGUAAUAUUUUAUUCACUUAAGAAAAUGUUUCCUAUGAAAGAAUACUUUAGCCUGACAACUGAUAUAUAUCAUUUUAUUACAAACCACAUUAAAGUUUUUGGUGAAUUAAAACAUUUUAAAAGAAAAAGUCAAAUUUGGAAGAAAGCUAUGAUUGAUGCUUUAAGUCACUCAUCAUCUUUCCAAACAGGAUUUCCAAUUUAUGGAGUGAAUGGUUAUUGGAAAUUAAUUGAAGAAACUGACCCUUGGGAUGAAGAAGAAAAACCAAAUAAUGGAACCUGGAAAUGGAAAAUUGUUCAUCAAAAAACUAAAACGUAUGACAUUGAUGAGCCCAGAGAAGCUGACCUUAAAUUUGUUGCUCAAAACCCAUCAAAUUCUGACUAUAUUGAUGCAACUCCUAGAAUGAACCAUCACGAACUUCCAUAUACCCCACCAAAUAAAUAUGUAUCAGUACCUAUCAUUUCUACUGUGGAAAAGUUGGAAUGGAAAGAUGAUGAGAAUUUCGAAUCAUUUAUUAGUAAUAACUCAAUUUAA